GCAACGCCCCGGAAGAGAAACUCUUUAAACAUGGACUUUGUUGAUACAUUGUCUGAAACAAGAAUUAUGGAACAACUGACUUAACUAACUCUUGUCUCUUUUCCUUCCUUCACCUCUCAGACAUCUUCUUUCCUUUCCCCUCCCCGGGAGCAUCGUUCCAUCAAAAAUUCACAUAAUCCAUUCACAUAUAUGAUAUUUAGCUCUAGCCUGGAAUUGUUCGAACUUGGAAACAAGAAAUCUUCAUGGCAUCAAAGGAAAUCCCAGAAGUGCCGGGAGGAGAUUCUGGACAAUGGGUUCUGGAGAAAAUAGAGAUUGACAGCAUGGUUGAUGUGCCAAUGGGAGAUGGACAAUCAGGGUCUGCGAGCUAUCUAAAGAGGAAAUCGAGCAGCGUAAAGAAGAGGAUCCCGGUUCAGGUUUCCACCCCUAAGAUGGGAAGAAUAUCGUCUGGUGCAAGUAGAGGGCUAAUGGGCCUUCGUUUCCUGGAUAGGACCAAGACUGGGAAGGAAGAGGACGCAUGGAGAGCAAUUGAGAAGCGUUUCAACCAGAAUGUGGUUGAUGGGAGGCUGUUUAAGGACAAAUUUGGAGUCUGCAUUGGGAUGGGAGACAGCAAGGAAUUUGCGGGAGAGUUGUUUGAGGCCCUGGCGAGGCGCAGGAACAUCAGCACAGAGAAUGGGAUAGGUGUAGAAGAACUCAGAGAUUUCUGGGAAGACAUGACAAACCAGGACCUGGAUACUAGGCUUCAUAUAUUCUUUGACAUGUGUGACAAGAAUGGUGAUGGAAAGCUAUCAGAGGAGGAGGUUACAGAGGUUCUAGUAAUGAGUGCUUCAGCAAAUAAGCUGUCGAAAUUUAAGCAACAUGCUGCAGCUUAUGCUUCUUUAAUCAUGGAAGAGCUUGACCCAGACGAUAAAGGAUAUAUAGAGAUGUGGCAACUUGAAGAACUGUUAAGAGGGAUGGUUGGCUCAGACGACGUCAAAAAACGUACCAAGAAAACGGACACGCUUGCAAGAACUAUGAUCCCUAAAGAAUACCGUACGCCCAUCACCAAAUUCCUGUCUAGAAACAGUGAGAAAUUCUACGAUAACUGGAAGAGAAUAUGGGUCCUCGUAUUAUGGCUGACCAUAAACUUGUCCCUCUUCAUUUGGAAGCUCAAUCAGUACAAACACAGGGCUGCGUUCCAAGUCAUGGGAUAUUGUGUAUGCUUAGCCAAGGCUGGUGCUGAGACUGUUAAGUUCAAUAUGGCUCUCAUUCUCCUUCCUGUCUGCAGAAGAACUCUUACUCAUCUCAGAGAAACCUUUCUUGGUAGAGUAAUCCCAUUUGAUGACAACAUUAACUUCCACAAGCUGAUCGCACUAGCGAUUCUAUUGGGAGCCGCUCUUCAUAUACUGAUGCACUGUAGCUGCAACAUUGUGAAGCUAACAACUUGUCCCAAGAACCAGUUUGAUGCUAUCUUUGGACCUGCCUUUGAUUACCACCAGCCAACGUAUUUGGGUGUGGUGGGGACUAUUCCUGGAAUUACCGGAAUUCUAAUGAUGAUUCUGAUGAUUUUCUCAUUCACACUGGCAACGCAUUCGUUCAGGAGGAACGUAGUUAAACUGCCAGGGCCUUUUCACCACUUGGCAGGGUUCAAUUCCUUUUGGUAUGCACAUCAUUUGCUGGCCAUUGUUUAUAUCCUCUUGAUCAUCCAUGGUUACUUCUUGUUCCUCACCCGAGAAUGGUAUAAAAAGACGACAUGGAUGUAUGUUUCUGUGCCAAUGCUGGUGUAUGGUUGUGAGAGAAUCAUCACCCUUUAUGACCACAACCACAAAGUCGACAUCAUUAAGGCUGUCAUAUAUACUGGAAAUGUUUUAGCCCUCUACAUGAGUAAACCUACUGGAUUCAAAUACAAGAGUGGAAUGUACCUUUUUGUCAAGUGUCCAGAUAUAUCGAAUUUUGAGUGGCAUCCGUUUUCCAUCACUUCUGCACCAGAUGAUGACUAUCUGAGCGUCCACAUCCGCACAUUGGGAGACUGGACAUCAGAACUGAAAAACCGUUUUGCAAAGGCCUGUGAACCUCAAACUACAAAGCCAAGACAGGGAAAUCUAGUGAGAAUGGAGACUAAGGCGUAUACAGAAUCUCCACAAGAAUUUCCAAGAAUUGUGAUUAAAGGGCCUUACGGAGCACCAGCUCAGAAUUACAAGAAAUAUGACAUACUCCUGCUGAUUGGUUUAGGUAUUGGAGCCACCCCAUUCAUUAGCAUUAUAAAAGACAUAGUGAACAAUGAGGCAAGAAAUGUCCUAAACAACGUUGAAUCAGGCAACAAGAAUGGUCCCGAAAGAGCAUAUUUCUAUUGGGUGACAAGGGAACAAGGAUCUUUUGAAUGGUUUAAAGGUGUCAUGGACGACAUUGCAGAAUACGAUCAUUAUAAUGUGAUAGAAAUGCACAACUACUUGACAAGCGUGUAUGAGGAAGGAGAUGCUCGAUCAGCACUGAUAGCAAUGGUGCAGUCGCUGCAACACGCUAAGAAUGGAGUAGACGUCGUGUCAGAAAGCAGGAUACGGACUCAUUUUGCACGGCCCAACUGGAGGCAGGUGUUCACUCAUUUAGCCGCUGCACAUCCAUGUUGUCGGAUAGGUGUGUUCUAUUGUGGAAGUCAAACACUAACAAAACCACUGAAGAAGCUCUGCCAGGAGUUCAGCAUAAAUACGUCUACACGGUUCCAAUUUCACAAGGAAAACUUCUAGAUCACGGGAGAACAGUUGAGGACCGGGGAUUAUCGUACAAUAAGUUGUCGAGCUUUAGGCAGGCUUACAGCAAUACUUGAAUGUUUAUGAUCAGCCACAGCAUUCCCUCCCCGAAUGCAAUUUUUGAUAUUCCAUGCAUUGUUAAGUCUUAAUUUUUUAUUAGCAUUAAGAAAGUGGCCUGAUCAAUGCCUGGAAGGAAACUUGUAUGCAGUCAUGCAUGUCCAUUUCAAGUGCUGCGUUCUCGUGUUCAAGAACCUCCUUCCCAACUAUUCAAAUUCUGUGAAGUUGAAGAGAAAUAAGCAAUGAA